AUCCAAAACAAAAAACCAAGACAAAAUCUACUAUUCUUCUAAUCUAAAACUUUCUUUAAUUCUUGUGCUUCUUUUUUUUUUUGACAAAUUUUAUAUCUAUUCUUUCUAUUAUUUUCAAUAUGUUAGGAAUUCGUAAGGUAUACCAAAUGCUUGUAAGCAACGUAGUACCAUCUCUAGGAGUAGUUCCACACUCAAAUGCUCGAAAUUCGAUUUCCAAUCCUACCCUUCCAACCCCAUGCAAGAAGAAUGUAGCUCAAGCCAACGACACAAGGGCAAAAGCGUUAAUAACCGUGUUUGGCAUGGACAAGGAUGGAAGAAUAGCCAAAGAGAAGGCUUGUAAUGUGGUAAAGCAACUAGGGUUAGUCAAGGAAGAAGAAGAAUCGAGUUUCGAUGUACUUGAAGAACAACUCGAGGCGAAUGAAGUACUCCUCAUGGAGCUAGAGGAGGAAGAGAAGAGAGAAAAGCAACAACUCCUUAGACAAGCUUUCUUGGUGUUUGAUGAGGAUAAGGAUGGUUUUAUUGAUGCUAAAGAGAUUAAGAGGGUUUUAGCAUGUUUAGGGUUGGAUAAUGGAUGGGAUAUGAAUGAAAUUGAGAAGAUGAUUAAGGUGGUUGAUCUUAAUCUUGAUGGAAAAGUUGAUUUCCAUGAAUUUGAAUUGAUGAUGGGAUGAUUUUCAUAUUCAAAAAUGUUAUAAAGGAACAUUAUUUAUUAUUUGAUA